CGGGCGGUCAUCCGAUAGGUGCAGCGCCGGCGGCGUCUGGACGCGCCUUGGACCGCCGCAGCUUCCCGUUGUGACCGUCCCUCUCCGGCUGAGUCCAGAAAAAGAAGAAGCAAAGUCACUGGAAAUAGGAACCGGUUGCCUAACGGGAUGAAUCCACCAACCAUCCUCUUUGUCAUGCUGAGCGCACUCAUCACAGAGAGGGCAGCUUCGACUUACCAUUGGCAGAGACAACAGAAGCUGCCAAGCAAAAUUAAAUAUGGCCAUAAAGGUUGCGGCUGUUUGAAUGGCGGGACUUGCUUGACUUACGGGCUGUUUUCUCAAAUUAAGUCCUGCGUGUGUCCUGAAGGGUAUGAUGGAGAUCACUGUGAGAUAGAUGUUGAAACCAGAUGUUACACUGGGGAUGGCACCGACUACAGAGGGACCGAGUCAGAGAGUGAGAAUGGGGAGAGGUGUCUGUAUUGGCACUCUGACUUACUCAAGAGGUGGCCCUACAAUGCGCACAUGGAAGACGCGCUGGAGCGUGGCUUAGGCAAACACAACUAUUGCAGGAAUCCAAACGGUCGUUCCAAGCCAUGGUGUUAUGUUCGGAAGGGAUUUCGCACGUCUGUGACAUUUUGUGACAUAUCCACAUGUCAACCCCCCCGCAGGGCGUGUGGCCAGAGGAACAUAAUCAGGAGCUUCAAGAUUGUGGGUGGGCAGAUGGCCUCCAUUGAGUCCCAGCCUUGGAUAGCCACCAUCUUCCACUCCAGAGGGAACCAGUUUUUUUGUGGUGGCAGCCUCAUUGACCCCUGCUGGGUCCUCACAGCAGCACACUGCUUCUCGGGCAUUGGCUCCGAUACAUCCAGGCUCAUCAUUAGGCUGGGAAGGUCUGCAACGAAUGUCACCAACGCAAAUGAUCAAGAAUUUAGCGUCGAGAGGCUUAUCAUUCACGAGGCGUACUCACAACAAAACAGAGAUUAUAAUAAUGAUAUUGCUUUAAUCAAGAUCAGGUCCCCUUCUGGCCAAUGUGCGAAAGAGUCGGGCAUUGUCAGAACCGUCUGUUUGCCCUCGGAGGAUUUGAGGCUGAGAGACCAUUCCCACUGUGAAGUUUCUGGCUAUGGAAAACAAAACAAAACAGCCAUUUACUACUCGCGAGUACUGAAAUCAGCCAAUGUACAAUUAAUGCCCCAGUCCAUGUGUAAAAGAUACUAUGAGGGUCACAGGGUGAAUGAGAACAUGCUCUGCGCUUCAGACUUGGCGUGGAAGUCGGACUCGUGCAGCGGAGAUUCGGGCGGUCCCCUCACUUGCAUGUACGGCGGCAGGAUGCUGCUCUACGGGAUCGUCAGCUGGGGAGACGGCUGUGCAAAGGAAGGGAAGCCCGGCGUGUACACGAGAGUCAGCAGAUACAUCCCUUGGAUUGAAUCCAACAUGAACAGUAUCCAUUUCAGAAGCUUCUACCCUCCAAAAUGAAGCGGGGUUGUUUCUGUGUGUUUCCUUUGCUUGGCGUUAGCCAUGAUGAUGUCAGACACAUGGAAUUGGAGUCAAGUCUUUGCAGGUGUUGAAGUGCCCAGCCCUGCGUUGGAGUUGGUGGUUCUUUUCAAGGUUUUGUGGGAUCCCUUUGUCAAAGUUUGGACAAUUUCUCUCUGAAGGAGAGACGCUCAAACCACUGCUGAGAAGGGCACAAAAGCCAUCCUACACCAAGCUAGCCUGCCUCGCUCGUCAAUAAGACACGGAGCCGGGAUUUAGAUCACACCCCACAGAAGGGCUGGUGUUAUACAAUCUUGAUGAUUUUUUUAAAAAAGAUUUUAGUAAGGUUUUAAAAUUGAUAAUUAACUUACUAACAGCUAGCGCUACCCAGAAAUGUACAAUUUGAUAUUAUUUUAAAAUAUUGCAGAAUUUGAAUGGAAUUUAAAACUUUUAAGUGAGGUUGCACUGUCAAGUUUUUAGGUCCAUAGAGAAAUAUGGCUAGGAUAUUCCUACUCAGUAAGACAGGAAGCAGAAUGUUUCAAGAAUAAUAAUAAUAAAAAAAAUGGAGGCAGGAACAUAAUCCGUAAGAACGUGCUUCAGUUGAAAUUAAUUGGAGCAAUGGUUGAUAAAUGUUUUGAACUUAACUCAAACUAUUUCUGCUAUUACUUUUGUUUUAAAAGGUCAGAAAUGCAUUAGACAUGUUGUUAAGUAAGACUUUUACUUAGGAAGUUAAGUGUUAGAAUAUUUUUGAAAUCAUAAUGUUCAGAGUUACAUUUCCAUGCUAUAAAUUCACGAGAUACGUACGAAUGUUAAGUCAUUACUGUACUUCAGCAUCCUCACAGGACCUACCUCCAUUUUGGUCUUCUAGAAACUUCUGUGGACCCUUGGUCCCUUUCUUAAUGACAGAAUCUGACUGUAAUUGUUUAGCAGUAAAGUGAUCACAUUUUACUACAUGUCAAAUUCCACCAAUGUUCAAUAGUACGAAGCACAAGAUAAAGCAUUAACACAGCUGAGCUAAAGAGUGAGGCAGUCCUUGGAGAGAGGACUUGAGGUGGAAUGCUGGAAAUGUAAUGGGAUGCUCAGAGGUCUUUGAUCAAAUUGUGAGCAAUAGCAAAAUGAUGUAAGUCAAAUGUAUUCUCAUGGAUAAUUCCAUAAAUGUCCCAAUUUCCGAACAUGUCUACCAUCCCUUCUGAACAUAACCUGAACAAGCUGGAAUUUGAUCAGCAUGAGUAUUGUUUAAUUUACUUGUUUUCUGUGACUCUUAUAUAGUAUUAGCUUUUUAUACUAUUAUUUUAUUCAACGAACAGAUAAUUUGUAUGGGGGCUGGCACCCUCUUUUGUUAUUUAAUAUUUUUACUUUAUUUAACUUAUUGUUUAUGUACAUUACAGGUUUAAGCAACCAAUAAAGUUCCCUGUU